GUUUGUAUAAUACAUACAAAAUUAGGCAAAUCGUCAUCCAAACCAAACCCAAGCAAGGGAAGAAGCCGAGCCUCUCAUCACUCAUCAGUCGCCGCCGCCGGGGAAUCGGAGGAUGAGCGGCGGGGGCGGCGGCGCGGCGGACUCCCGCGUGGAGACCAUCUCCCGGCUGGCGCAGUGGCGGAUCGAGAGCCUGGGCCCCUGCUCGUACCGGCGGUCGGAGCCCUUCAGGCUGGGCAUCUGGAACUGGUACCUGUCGGUGGAGAAGAGCCGGUCGGUGUGCAUCCGCCUCUUCCCGGAGCCCGGCCGGGUGGCCAAGGACCAGCCCCCUCUCGCCCGAUUCAUCCUCCGCGUCACCUGCCCAGGCCCGCCGCGACGAUCCUGCGCAUCCCCUGUGCAAGAGCAGCUUCUCCGGACCAGCGAUGACUUUGUGUGGCAAGUUGACGUCAUGUCCCAUGGGCGUUUCACAAUCGAUGUUGAGUUUCUGGACCUGAGGGUAGCCACAAACAAUGCUACUGAAUCAUCCUCGUCAAUCUGGCCGAAUGAAGGCAUGGUGCAGAGGAUCGCUAGCAAGAGCACUCUGGGCUGCCUCUCCCGCCUGCUGACGGAGUCGAUCCACACCGAUGUGACCAUCAACACGACCGACGGCGUCCUCAAAGCCCACAAGGCUAUCCUUGCAGCCUGCUCUCCCGUGUUCGAGAGCAUGUUCGUGCACGACCUCAAGGAGAAGGAGUCGUCCACGAUCGACAUCAGCGACAUGUGCCUGGAGUCCUGCUCGGCGCUGCUGGGUUUCAUCUACGGGGCGAUCGAGCCGGAGCAGUUCUGGAAGCACCGGCUGCCGCUGCUGGCGGCGGCGAACAAGUACGGCAUCGGCGACAUCAAGGGCUGCUGCGAGGAGAGCCUGCUGGAGGACAUCAACUCGAGCAACGUCCUGGAGAGGCUCCACGUGGCGUGGCUGUACCAGCUGGAGAGGCUGAAGAAAGGGUGCCUGAGCUACCUGUUUGUGUUUGGGAAGAUCUACGACGUGAGGGAUGAGAUCCAUAGCUUCUUCCACCACGCGGACCGGGAGCUGAUGCUGGAGAUGUUCCAGGAGGUGCUCAGCGUGUGGAAGCCCAUAUUAACUGACCUCCCCGCGUCAUGUGCUGUUGGUUGCAAGAAAGGCCACCACCGAGUCGUCUCGUCUCCUCCUCCUAACCAAACGUAUACAAACCCAACCACCUCCACCACCAACACGCGGCCUCCUCCUCCUCCUGUCGAUCGCCGCGCGCAACUAAUGGCGCCGCCCAGCCGGCUGCUGCUCCUCACCGUCGCCCUGGCCGCCACCCUGCUUGGACCAGCGAGCGCCGCGCAGGUGGGCGACACCUGCUCCUCCGACGGCGGAUGCGGCGCCGGCCUGCACUGCAGCGCCUGCGGCGGCGGCGGGGACAAGCUGUGCACGCGCGCGGUGCCCAUCAACCCGGCGACCCACGGCACCGGCCUGCCCUUCAACAACUACUCGUGGCUCACCACGCACAACUCCUUCGCCCUCACCGGAGCCGCCUCCGCCACCGGCGCCUCCAUCAUCUCCCCAACCAACCAGGAGGACACCGUCACCGCCCAGCUCAAGAAUGGUGUUAGGGGAUUGAUGCUUGACACUUACGACUUCAACAAUGAUGUCUGGCUCUGCCACUCAUUUGGUGGGCAAUGCUACAACAUCACUGCCUUUCAACCAGCCAUCAAUGUCUUCAAAGAAAUCCAGACAUUUCUUGAUGCAAACCCGUCAGAAGUAAUCACGAUUUUUCUAGAAGACUACACCGCUACAGGGUCCUUGCCGAAAGUAUUCAAUGCUUCGGGCCUUAUGAAGUAUUGGUUCCCGGUGGCUAAAAUGCCAAAGAGCGGUGGCAACUGGCCUUUGCUCAAGGACAUGAUCAGCCAGAACCAGCGCCUGCUGGUCUUCACAUCAAAGAAAUCAAAGGAAGCAAGCGAGGGGAUCGCAUUCGAGUGGAACUAUGUGGUGGAAAACCAAUAUGGAAAUGAUGGUAUGGUAGCAGGUAAAUGCCCCAACCGCGCAGAGUCACCGGCCAUGGAUUCCAAAAGCCAGUCGCUUGUUCUGAUGAACUUCUUCACGACUGACCCGAGCCAGACCGGUGUUUGUGGGAAUAACUCAGCGCCGCUUGUUAGCAUGCUGAAAACGUGCCAUGCUGCCUCAGGCAAUCGGUGGCCCAACUUCAUCGCUGUCGAUUUUUACAUGAGGAGCGAUGGCGGAGGAGCUCCCCUAGCGACGGAUGUGGCAAAUGGCCAUAUGGUAUGCGGAUGCGACAACAUCGCUUAUUGCAAGGCCAAUUCGACGUUCGGGACCUGCGUGAUACCACCACCGCCGCCGCCAUCACCACCCACGCCCGGCCGCAGAGGUGCAGGAGCAGGCGAUGCGAGUGCGGCAACGGGGCGGUCUCAUCAUCAAUGGAGCUUCUUCCUGGGACUGGCGUUGUUGCUCUGCUAAGAAUGACCAAUUCAUGCAUUGAGGCCUUGUGCUUCCGGCGGCAACUUGAUUUGGUUUUGCUUUGGUUUGUAACCUCUAAUUUUGCCUGAGCAGCUGUAUAUUAUAUAUAUGUGUUUGAGUUAGUGAGAAAAGCGAUGCGGAAAUCAAUUAAAUCAUCAUUCGUUCCUUCAA